GGCGGGUUCGCGCGCAGCUGUGGGGUUGGCUGCGCGCCGCCGAGGGGUUUUGGACUGGCUUAGGUGCCUUUCGUGUGUUUGUUUCUCACCCUUUUUCCAGGGCGGUAGUGGUGGAAGAGUUUAGUUAGCGGUGGCUGGCGGACGCCUGAGGGAAGGACCUGGCGCUGGCCUGAGAAUGGGUCCUGGUUGCUGGUUGGGCGCGGUCGGGCCUCGUGUCCGGGUCGCUGGAAGGGGCCGCGUCCUGGGCCGCGCACGUUGGCUUCCGGGCCUCAGGCAGCCUUGGUGCUGAGGGGAGCGUGAACCCCUAGGCUGCGGCAGCGCGUGGAGGCCUUCCUUCCGAGUAGAAACAGGACUCGGCCUGCGGUCCUUUCCAUCUUUGCUCUCAGAAGUUCGCGGAUGGAGUUUGCGAAAUACCCGACCAAGCUUGACUGUCCGCUGCUGGAGGGCGGGCACCCGCGACGCCUGUCGCCGGGGCUUCUGAGGCGGGUCGCCUGCCGGGUGCGGGGGCUGCGAGGUGGAAUAGACUAGGACGAGGGCGGCUUUACUGCGAAACGGCUUCACGGCUGCUGCCUUGACUCGAAAGCCAGUAGCUUCGGAGCUGCGGAAGAAGCGCUGGGACGAUCCCGGAGGGAGCCACGUGUCAGACAGGAAGGCCUUCCUGAUGGGGUUGUGCUUACACGCGGUGUCCAUCACAACGUCGCACUGCACACCUACGACCUGCAUUUCACUGUUAUAAACAACUUGUGAAAUGAGUGAUUUGGAAGAUGACGAGACACCCCAGCUUUCUGCCCACGCCUUAGCAGCUCUCCAGGAAUUUUAUGCUGAGCAAACACAACAAAUUGACCUAGGCGAGGAUGAUAAAUAUAACAUUGGAAUAAUAGAAGAGAAUUGGCAGUUGAGCCAGUUUUGGUAUAGUCAGGAAACUGCUCUGCGACUUGCACAGGAGGCAAUUGCAGCUGUAGGAGAAGGUGGCAGAAUCGCAUGUGUGAGUGCCCCUAGUGUUUACCAGAAACUCAGAGAGCUGUGCAGAGAAAACUUGACUAUAUAUAUCUUUGAAUAUGACAAAAGAUUUGCCGUGUAUGGAGAGGAGUUUAUUUUCUAUGAUUACAAUAAUCCAUUGGACUUACCCGAAAGAAUUGCUGCACAUAGUUUUGACAUCGUAAUAGCAGAUCCUCCCUAUCUUUCGGAGGAAUGUCUCAGAAAAACAUCAGAAACCAUCAAGUACCUGACACGGGGCAAGAUUCUGCUGUGCACAGGUGCCAUCAUGGAAGAACAGGCAGCAGAACUCCUUGGAGUGAAGAUGUGCACGUUUGUUCCAAAACAUACCCGGAACUUGGCAAAUGAGUUUCGCUGUUAUGUGAAUUAUGAUUCUGGGCUGGACUGUGGGAUCUAAUUACAGAUGGUGACAUAACACAGGAAGGAACUCUGUCACAUUCCCCUUUUUGUAUUUUCCUAGUAGAUUUAAAAUAUAUAAUCUCUUCCCCUCCCCCCAAACUGGAGCCAACCCUGGCCUGAUUUUCAAAAUAAAGUAUAUGACCUUCAUUAUUGUUUCCUUAGGGAGGGCCUCCCUAGAGCUCAGUCUGCUGCCAACCUGAAUCCAGGGAAUUUGAGUUGGAAGAAACCUUAGAACCUGCCUGAUCUACUCUCCUCAUUUUAACAUAUGUAAAAACAGCAGAACAGUUGCGUGGCUUGCCCAAGGGCUCCUGAAUGAGACAGGACCUUGGCCUCUGCCUUGGGCCAGAGCAGUCUGGUAGCAUCCUAGGGCUUGUGAGGACCCCCACCCCCAUGUCCCACCCCAGCCCUCCAAGGACACAGACUUGCCUCCAUGAAAAAAGGCAAUAAUCCAAUAACUAGCAUCUGAAUGCCUCUUGGAGCUCUCCUCCUCCAGGUUCUAGGUGGGCUGCAAGGGAUGACAGGUGCCCAGGUGCCCUCCCCACGUGGCUCAGACUCAGCACCCUACCUCUGAACUGCCUGAGAAAAUGAAAGACCCAUUUGUAAACCAAACACCAGGACCAAAAAAAUGGAGCUGGGACGAGAGUGCUAGAUUCUCACUGUUCAGAAAAUAUUCCUCUGUGCAUACCCCGGAGGACGUCUCAGCAAUCAGAAGUGAACACGCAGCAUGGCUGGGUCUCGAGGGUGCGAUGCUGAUGAAAGAGCUGCGCUGCAGAGGCUACACACUGGAUGCUUCUAGGUAUGACGUUCCCAGGGAGGAGAGAUUCGUGGGUGCAGGGCGAGCAUCAGGAUGGGGCGAAGGGGAUGGGUGGCCUACAAAGGGGAGUUCUCCUUGCUGGUGGUGUGUUGUCUUGUCUGUGGUGGUGGCUUCACGAAUCUGCCAUGUGGCAGCAUCGCAUAGAACCACACACAGAUGAGCUCGUGUGAAACUGUUGAACUUGGAAUGGGGUCUGUGGGUUGAGCCAGUGUCCAUUUUCUGAUUGUGACAUUGCACUAUAAUUAUGUAAGAUGUUACCAUUAGGUAAACUCGGUGUAGGGCAUGAGACCUAUCAGUAUAUUUUUGCAAUUUCCUGGGAAUCUACAAUCAUUUCAAAAUGAAAACUUUCCAAAAAA